UAUAUAUAUAUAUAUAUAUAUGUUGAAUUCAAAUUCUCACUGUUCAAUUCAGCGUGCACUAUCCAAUAUCCUGAAAGCUCACAAUGUGUAAUCAGGACAGGGUUGAAAUUAGAUUGUAUUUCAGUUGUCUGCAUGGCUCACAUGCACACACCAUCAGAAAUGCUCCAACUCUCUGACUCACACUUAGCAUCACCAGCAAACACAAGCUAACUAACAAGCUAAAUCAUAACAAAUACUCCCUGUCAGCUGGAGAUUUGCAGCUAUUUCCUGCUAAUGUUUCUCUCUUUCAUAUAUUUUGUGAUAGGAGUGGGAAGACACAUCACAUAUGCAUGCCAGCUGUCGCCAUGGUGCUUUCAGAUGCUGCCUGACAGUUUGGUGCAGGUGUAAUCAGGAAAAAAAAAGCCUUGAAGUUGGGGUAUCACCUCGUGCCUCUAUCCUAACUGUGUGACUGCGUGCAGGUACAAUUUAAACAUGCCAGAAAUUCAUCUUACCAGUCGGGGGCAGCUGAUCAGGCUUGCUUGACUGUUGCUCCCCUCCCUACUGUAUGACAAAUGGCGUGCAAUCGGGCUAAAGUUUGUCCUGAUUUCAGAAUCAUUCAUGCGACUCAAUACUGCAUGUUGGGGUGGCCCCACAGACCUUAACUACUAGCUAUGUGCACUGCCUAGCUGCACCUGUAUCCAAUCAAAGUUAAAGCUGUUUGUUUGCACUUGCUGACGUUGUUUCUUCCUUUCUAGAUCCUUGCUUAUGUUGUAAUUAAUCUCUGAUGUACGUCUCUUUGGAUAAAAGCUUCUGCUAAAUGAAAUGUUGAGUGUUUUCGAGUGUUUUUCUGCUCCCUAGCCAAGGUGUGCACUUUGUCAUCUUCAAAGGAGGGUCCCUUUGUCCUUCAGAUGUAAGUGGAAAGCAGAAUUCUGUCCUGAAGAGCUGGCUCUCCUAUGCUGUGUCAUGUGUUUGUGUCUUGUCUCUCUGAUAAAUCCCUGCAUUCCUAGUUGCACUGGAUAGUAUAGACAACAUUGCUUUGUUUAUGCCUGGGAGUUUUGUCCUUAGGGUGGACCAACUUCUGACUCAAGGUGUUGGAUGGUUUAAAGUGUACAGAGAUGAAGGUACACAUGAUUAAAAAAAACAUUUAUUUUACCCAAGGACACAUACAUGUGCAGGAGCUGGAGAUCAAACCCCUGACCCCUUAGUUGAGAGGUGACUGACUCAACCACUGACCCACAGCCGUCCCCUCGUACAUAGACUUAAAAAAGCAAUACUUCAUGCUUUAAAAUCUGUUGUUUUUGCUCCCCAAUAGUAUCAAUGGAUAUUAGAUUAACAUUAAACUAUCAGACAGAGUAGCAUAGAAAAUAUUGCAGAAGUGAAAUGUGCUUCAAGAGUUCAUACAGACCUGCAAUUAAAGUUCACCUUAAAAACGUUUUUUUGACAUAACCAUCAUCUUUUCGUUACUUUAUUUUGCUUUUUCCAGGUUUUCCAAACCAGGCUGGCAGUCAUGCUUACAUGUAUCUGUGUCCACAUAACUCAACUUAAAUGUGUCACUAUUGAGCUGGUGGGCAACAUAUUAAUGUCAAACCUAUUGAAAUAUAACACAACUUGUUCAUUUAAGAUUUGCCUUGAAGAAUAUAUCUUCUAAUUGUUUUUUAUACUAUGCACCUGUCAUUGUACGUGCUGUGUUUCACCACCAAGUGUGGAAGGAAAUGAUGUGAAACAUUUAGCACAUCAGUUUUGUAAGUUUUUUGUAACAUCCCUUUACUGGACUUCUGUUAUUCUGUGUACCAUGACUUGAUAAAUAUCAGGUCAAGUAAUAACACUCUAUUUUUCCUCGUCUUUCUCAAUAUAUAUGUAGAUUUUACUUCCUGUUUCAUCUCUCCUCAGACUUCUGUUUUUCUGAUAUAAUGUCUCUCUUGUAAACAAACAACUUAACAAAGUAACUGUAAAGUACAAAAUAAUAAAGGGUUAAAUGUGUUUGUUUUUGUCUGUCCUCAAAGAUCGACAGUAUCUACUCUUCUUUUAUUGCAUGCUCUCCGCUACCGGUGCACUAAACUCAGCAAUAUUAGUUGGCUGUGUUAAAGCCUGCUUUAAAAAAAGGAGAGAGGAAGUAAGUGAAGCUGUUUUUGUUUUCUGUCUCUUUUGGGGCGGUUGAAAACUGUUUGUGCUUUCGAUGAUAUAGUCACACUUUUACUGAAACUUAAGUACUAGAACAUGGGAGUGGCAUGUGUUUAUAUCUGAAUGUGCUGCUAAAUCAUCAAAUGAGAAUAUUUUAUUGAUCAUGCACAUGUUCUGAUGGAUCUAACAAUUGGAAAGUUUUUUCUCUCUCAGUUUUAAAAUAAUUUUUAGUUACACCAACAAAAAGCUGUCCUUUAGGAGAAGUAUUUAGUUUUUCUUUAUAGAGUUUAUAAGAAUAUAAAAACACCAAACAAUGGAGGCGGAACACUUGACCUUGGUUUGUUUUAGUGUCCUGUGUACUUGACACUGGCCUAUCACCAUAGCUGAGACACUUUUGUCUCAAGCAACUGUUUCUAGAGUCCCAUGCUGAAAUGUUGGCAUAGAUCUUUCACAGUAAAUGAGUCUUCCUUUACCAGAAUGAUUCUUUGAAACUAUACUAAGUAAGAAGCAAAUGUCCCUUAUUAACGACAAACAGAUUUGUAAGUGUUGCUACCAACACUAACUAGUGAAGAAUAAAACAGUUUUAACAGAAAACUGAUUAAGCAAUAUAUUUUUUGUGAUAUGAUGAUCUCAUUUGACUGAACAUCAAAUGACCUAAAAUGCAUGCUGUGUAUGCCUGAACAGCAAAACUGUAACAUUUAAUCUAUGUCCUUGCUGCACCCAUGAAAAGACAAGGACUCUGUCUUCCGUUCGGCAACUUUAUUCUUCCCGAUGCUGUAUUUUUUUAUGAUUAUCUCUCUUAAGAAGCAUCGGGUCCUCACAACAAAAACGGCAUACAUGCUCAUUCAUCUCUUGACCACGACCCCGACUAUCUAUGUCACCUCUGCACACAGGCCGAUGACGUCAUAUAUCGAAACCUAAAAUUAAAAGAGUUAAUAACAACUUUUUAAUUUCUGUGUAAACUAACAUGACAUUACAGUACCUGUAUGUUUUUUUAAUUCACAAAUUAAACAAAUGUGAAACAAUAUUAUAUUCACUACUUUCUAACUUAUAGUGUAAUGUGCUUUCUUCUGUCAAAUUGAAUUGCAUACAAAUAUUUCUAGGUCGCAACAUCCUUGUAAGAAACUGUUGUAAUCACAGAAACGUUCAAUAGAAUGUGGGUUUGUGGUACUCUUUAAACUGCUUGUUUUCUCUGGCUUGGCCUUCAUUGGAAGGCUUGAGGGCUUUUAAAAAUGUCUGCAUUGAUAUCAUGUGAUGAUUUCUUCCACACAACACUCCUUUGUUUCUCAAAGUUUUUACUUAUCUCGUGUUUUCUUUUUAUCUCGAGUACAGAAAGUGUUGCUUCUGUGUUGCUUCUGUACUCUGUACUACUCGCUGCAAAUUAUUUUUUCUCUCAUUCAUUUGGUUAUAGAAAAACAAAAUCAAAGCUACAACAAAGGUUAAACCAUGAGAAAGCAAUCACAUAUUGCAACAAUAUCUUUCUCCUGGGCUACUGUUGUAACCGUAUAAAUGCCAACUCACACAAUGAGUUAAACGUUUUAGGUAAUAUUUGGUUACACCUUCAAUUUUGAAGGGCAAAUCCAGACUAUAAAUAUGAAACCCAAAGACAAUGAUCAAAUCUGAGGAGCUCUGGGAGUGAAAAAGGAUUCAAAGGUGAGUGGGUUCUUUACAUACAAGCAAAUGAAUACAAAGACAGACUCAAACGUUUUCAUUGUCUUUAUGCUGAUUUAAGUCGUAGAAUUCUUCUUUCUCAUCAGAGAUGGAGCUGAAGUUGGGGCUUUCCUUUCUGUCUUUACUUGUGAUCCUUCAUUUCGAGUCCUCUCAUGGACAAUGGGCGGCCAUUGUACCACCAAAGAUCUCCGCCCUGCAGGGCUCCUGUGUGGUUAUUCCUUGCUCCUACACUUACCCCAAGCGAGCCUCAAAGGAGAACCUGAACAGGUGGAUUGGAUUCUGGAAAAAAAAAGGAACUAUCAUCUCAACCAAUCUCCCAAAGUGGAAACUGCCUACUAAGUACAGAAAACGGACUCUGUUUUUGGGAAAUUUGCAAACACAUGAAUGCACCAUGAUGCUGGACGGUGUCAGGAGGACUGACACUGGCCCUUUCUACUUCAGGAUUGAAUUGCCACAGUACGGAAGAAGCUACUCCUACACAAACAAUCAUGUGACCAUUGACGUUAUGUCGAAUCCUCCAGUACCAUCUCUGUCUGUGCAGGUGAGAGAUAAAAUAACUGCCUCCUGCUCGGUGUCUCACUCCUGCCCCUCGUACCCUCCUCAGUUCAUCUGGAGUCACCCCGGAAUCAUCACUCUGAGAUCGAAGAAGCUGAAUAUGUGGGAGUGGGAGACUGUGUCAACUGUGACUCUGAAGCCUCUGCCCAUUGACUUCAAUAAGAAUUUAACAUGCACAGUGAAGUACAGAGGAGGGAAGCAGGCCAGGAACUCCACCAUUAUCAGUGUAUAACCAAAAUAUCACACCAGUAGUUUAAUGUCUCUGUUUGUGUUUUUCAGAUGACAUGCUUUGGUUUGAUAACACAGAUUCUGACCAAAAGUAAAUUACUGAACACAAACUAUAUGUCCACACAGUGAGUGAAGAGACACAAUCAGACAGUUCAGAAAUACAGAAAAUUUGACUUCACUCUAACGUCAUUUGAAUGAGCAGAAAUCACCUUGAUCAUCUUAGAAUGUACCACUUCAUAUUUGCUGUUGUGGAAGAUCAGUUUUUUCUUUU